AUGGGUAACUGGGUGGAGAAUGAAGGACUGUCCAUCUUUGUCGUUCUUGUGUGGUUGGGCUUAAACGUCUUCCUCUUUUGGUGGUACUACCUUGCCUACGAUGUCCCACCAAAAUUCUUCUACACCAGAGUACUCCUUGGCCGUGCUUUGGCUCUGGCAAGGGCCCCUGCAGCUUGUCUGAAUUUCAAUUGCAUGCUGAUUCUGCUGCCAGUAUGUCGAAACUUGCUCUCCUUCCUCAGAGGAUCAAGUGCGUGCUGCUCUACCCGUGUCAGACGGCAGCUGGACAGGAACCUCACCUUUCACAAAAUGGUGGCAUGGAUGAUUGCCCUUCAUACUGCCAUUCACACCAUUGCACAUUUAUUCAACGUGGAGUGGAGCGUGCAAGCCCGUGUUGAAGAGGAAGGAACUCUGGCAGCUGCACUUUCUAGCCUUGGUGAUAAGCCACAUGAAACCUAUGUCAACUUUUUUAGAAAAACUAUUGGGAAUCCUGUGGGAGGCCUCUAUGUGGCUUUCACAUACUUGGCUGGUCUCACUGGUGUUGUCAUCACGCUGGCCCUCAUACUAAUCAUCACAUCAUCCACCAAAACCAUCCGAAGGUCCUAUUUUGAAGUAUUUUGGUACACCCACCACCUCUUUGUCAUCUUCUUUAUUGGCCUUGUCAUCCAUGGUGCUGGACGUAUUGUACGGGGGCAGACAGAUGAGAGCCUGGAGGAACAUAAUCCAGAGAUUUGCUACAAGAACUUCACUCACUGGGGGAAGAAGGGGGAUUGCCCAAUCCCCAGGUUUUCAGGGAAUCCUCCUAUGACAUGGAAGUGGGUAAUAGGUCCCAUGUUCUUGUACCUGUGUGAGAGGCUGGUGCGGUUGUGGAGGUCACAGCAGAAGGUUGUUAUCACAAAGGUGGUCAUUCAUCCCUUCAAGACAAUUGAGCUCCAGAUGAUGAAGAAGGGCUUCAAGAUGGAGGUUGGGCAGUACAUUUUUGUGAAAUGCCCAGCAGUGUCUAAACUGGAAUGGCAUCCAUUUACAUUAACCUCUGCUCCAGAAGAGGAUUACUUCAGCAUUCAUGUCCGUAUUGUAGGAGACUGGACAGAGGGCUUGUUUAAUGCCUGUGGAUGUGAUAAGCAAGAAUUCCAGGAGGCAUGGAAGUUGCCCAAGAUAGCUGUGGAUGGUCCCUUUGGAACAGCAAGUGAGGAUGUAUUCAGAUAUGAAACCGUUAUGCUGGUUGGAGCUGGAAUAGGAGUCACCCCCUUUGCAUCUGUACUCAAGUCUGUCUGGUACAAAUACUGCCACGAUGCAACCAACCUCAAACUCAAGAAGAUUUAUUUUUACUGGCUUUGCAGGGACACUCAUGCCUUUGAAUGGUUUGCUGACCUCUUGCAGUCUUUGGAGGCUCAAAUGCAGGAGAGGAAUAAUGCAGAAUUUCUCAGCUAUAACAUCUACCUUACAGGCUGGGAUGAAUCUCAGGCCACUCACUUUGUAGUGCAUCAUGAUGAAGAGAAAGAUGUGAUCACAGGCCUUAAACAGAAAACCUUAUAUGGAAGACCUAACUGGGAAAAUGAGUUCAAAACUAUUGCAGGACAGCAUCCUGGCUCCAGAAUAGGUGUUUUUCUCUGUGGACCUGAGGGCCUAGCUGACACACUCAACAAGCAGAGCAUCAGCAACUCAGAAGCUGACCCACGAGGAGUACACUUCAUUUUUAACAAGGAAAAUUUCUAA